AUGAAGUACGUUCAGCUUACAAUCGAGCUCAUCACCAAGGCCUUCGAGACAUUUUCUUCUAAGAAGGGAGUGGAGUUUACCAAGAAAGAUGCAAAUAAGAUCUUUAAGGCGCUUGAUGAGGAUGAGGGAGUAGAGAGAUACUACUUUUGUGGUGCAAAGUGCACCAAGUCCAAGCGCAAAUGCAUGAAGGAAGUUGAUGAUGAAGGCAUGCAUUGUUAUGUCCACGAUCCUGCGCGCAAGUGUCAAGGCACAACCAUUAAGGGCGCUAAUUGUGGUAGUGUAGCCAAACUUGGUGAAACUUACUGUGGACGUCAUCGAGAGCAGCAUAAAGGUCAUAUGAAAAGCAGUAACAAUAAGGCACCUGCCAACAAGCGUACCAAGUCUUCCAAGAUAACCAAGAAGACACAUACUCCUGAGUUUGUCCCUUCAGAUGAUGAUAUGACUUCCGAGGAUGAAGAACCAAAGAAGCGAAAGAGAAACAAGCAGGAGUCAUCGGAUGAGGAGCCGUCCGAUGAUGAUGAAGAAGAUAUAAUUGCCGUCUCCUUUCCGUUGAGUCCAAAGUACAUUAUUAAGCUGAAGGAAAAGGACCUCUACAUUGUAUUGUGUCCACCUGAGCUCAUGGGGAAAAAUCUUCCUGUACCGAAAUUAUCUGACAAAGAGGUACGUAUAUUACAAAAGAUGGGACUCCAAGAGGCAACUCCUGCUGAUGUAGAAAAAAUAGAAGAGUCUUCUGCUGAUGAGAAUUCUGACGAUGAUACAGAUGAUGGUGAUACGUCUGAUGAUGCUGGCUCUGACGAUGAUUCCCCUGAUGAUAAAGACUCUGAUGAUGGCAAGUCCAAUAACAGACCUGAUGUAGAAUCUGGAGAUGAUACCUCUAAGGAUAACCCUGAUGAAAAACUAUCUCAUAAAAAGUCAUCUAAGGAUGAUGAGAAGAAGACUUCUCGAAAGAAAAGGCAUUCAGAGAUGCCCAAAAAUGCAGAGCCAUCUUCUAAUACGCUUUUCAACGAGGAGAUCGAAGUAGAAGAAGAAGUACCAGUAGAAGGACCAACAGAUAAAUCCAAGGUGAUAUGGAAAAAACUUAACAAGUACUUGGAAUAUUCCGAGAAUGUACUUGUAAAUGGAAUGCACAUUCUCAAGAUGCGCAAAAAAGACACUGUAAUCGGCUUGAUGACUGAUGACCAUAUUGCUGCAGAGAAUGUAGAGUGUCAUUCUCUUAGCCAGAAGGAAAAAGAGAAGUUGUUUGCUAUGGGAUUUAAACCGCAUGAGCAUAAGCAAAGCUUGCCACAGAAAGAUGAGAGCACAUGUGAGGAUGAUAAAGAUGCUGAGGGCGAUAAAGAUGCUGAGGAUGACAAAGAUGCGGUGGGUGAUAAAGAUGCUGAAGAUGACAAAGAUGCUGAGGGUGAUAACGAUGCUGAGGAUGACAAAGAUGCUGAGGGUGAUAACGAUGCUGAAGAUGAUAAAGAUGCUGAGGAUGAUAAAGAUGCUGAGGAUUUCUUGUAUGUGAUCAUCUAA